CUUAAAAUAGAAACCCUUAAGCGAUGGAAAGGAAACCGAAUUACAAGCUCUGCGAACGCGACUUGGAUAUCAGCUCCGAUCUGGAGUUCGUGGAUAGUUUGCUGAAGGACCUUCGACUGGAAGCGGAGCCACAAGCUCGUGGUGUUAUCCUAGAUCUGGCUUACACUCUGGCUAGGGACAAGCUCCUCGAGGCUCAACGCUUUGCCAUCUUGGCGAACCGCACGAACGUGAGUGUCGAGGAUCUGGAAAUGGCUAAUAUGGAGCGGACCGAAGAACUUCGAAGGAGACCCUGCCAGCAGCCGUUGAAAUCCCGGGUCCCAUGUCAGACAACUCUGCCUAUGCCGUCUGGAAACCGGGGUCUACUGCUGCCCACAUGGCGCCAAUGUCAGCUGGGAACGAUGGCCGAACUGAAGUCCAAGGGCUCUGAGCCAACCCAACCAAAUCCGAGAGUUGGACUGCCCCUAAACCCGGUGGCAACUGCGGUUCCGGGCACUAACAUCUUAAGUGUUAAUUCGACUUCAUUUUUAGGACCUUCGAUUCCGAAUCGUAUUGCUAAUCCACGUCCCAUGGGCUCUUUGACUCCUGGGACUGCUAACGGAAGAUCUGUAAUGAUGUCUGUACCAGGCUUAGCUGGGAAUUCCAGUGCUGGGCCUCCAGGAUGCAUUCCACCGGCCCAAAAAAAGCCACGAGCUUAA